CCGACGACCACUUGAAGGGGCGUUGGGUUUCCUUGAGGACUGCUUCUUGGUGGAGAUACUUUCUAAUUUUGACCUUAAGGUGCAGAGAAACCCGCAGUCAUGUCGGACGCUGUGGUUAGUUUCAUGAAGGAUUUCUUGGCCGGUGGUAUCGCCGCUGCCAUCUCUAAGACCGCCGUUGCCCCUAUUGAGAGAGUGAAACUUCUGCUUCAGGUACAACAUGCCAGCAAACAGAUCACAGCCGAUAUGCAGUACAAAGGUAUUGUCGACUGUGUGGUCAGAAUCCCCAAGGAGCAGGGCUUCAUAUCCUUCUGGAGAGGAAACCUGGCCAACGUCAUCAGAUACUUUCCCACCCAAGCCCUCAACUUUGCCUUCAAGGAUAAAUACAAGAAGAUCUUUCUGGGUGGCAUAGAUCAGAAGACACAGUUCUGGCGCUGGUUCGCUGGUAACCUUGCAUCAGGAGGUGCAGCCGGUGCCACCUCCCUUUGCUUCGUCUACCCCCUUGACUUCGCCAGAACCAGGCUUGCCGCCGACAUCGGCAAAGGUGCAACAGAGAGAGAGUUCACCGGCCUGGGCAACUGCAUCACCAAGAUUUUCAAAUCCGAUGGCCUUAAAGGUCUCUACCUCGGUUUCAAUGUGUCUGUGCAGGGCAUCAUCAUCUACAGAGCAGCCUACUUCGGUUGCUUCGACACAGCUAAAGGUAUGCUGCCAGACCCCAAGAACACACACAUUGUUAUCACCUGGAUGAUUGCACAGACUGUCACUGCUGCUGCUGGUAUCAUUUCUUAUCCCUUCGACACCGUCAGACGUCGUAUGAUGAUGCAGUCCGGACGUAAAGGAGCUGACAUUAUGUACAAGGGCACAAUUGACUGCUGGAAGAAGAUCGCCAAGGAUGAAGGAGCCAAGGCCUUCUUCAAGGGCGCUUGGUCCAACGUGAUCAGAGGCGCGGGCGGCGCUUUCGUGUUGGUCCUGUACGAUGAGAUCAAGAAAGUCGUAUAAACAUUCUAAGCACCCUUAUGUAAAAGGAAACCCCUUUAACGCCAUCUAUGUCUUACUUGUAUGAUUGAUUGAGUGACUCCAACCGCUUUUGGUUGAGGGUUAGGUGUGCAUUUUGUUGAGCCGGCCACGUUCUUUUGAGUCAUUUGCCGCGGCUAUGAGUGUCACGUCUGUGCUGUAACCGUCAUGUAUAUAUCCUACCUGCCAGCCGACUGUAAAAAGCACCGUCGAACUUUCAGUGUCAAGACGUAACAUGUUCUGACUAGAACCUUAAUUUACAUUAUUCCCCCAUGUUGCCGCAGAUCCGUGUUCUAACAAAGGAUGUACAGAAUAGGCCUAAUUCUUGGUUAUUUUGUCCCAAAA